ACAAUGCUGGUCUUGUCUCCGUACAGAGAUUAGAGGUUUAAUUAGACCUACAUAUUUAGAGAUCAAAGCUCUCCACGUGGGUGCUCAAGCUUUCUCACUGGUGUAGGUGGAAGAAAAGGACAUCAAAAGAGAAACUUUAUCAGAUAGCAGAAGAGGGAAACAAAUGAGAAAUUUUUUUAUCAGUGCAGUCUGUGUUUGUGACAGUUCACCACAUGAUCUCACAUGCACUAACAUAAAGGAAGAACUCCACACUGAAGCAGGAGCUUCACAGGUGAAAUAUUCCUCUCUUCUCAGCUCCGUCAGAAGAUCUUUGAAGAUGAGCCGCUUUGAGGUCACUCAUACAGCUAUGAGUCCCGGCGUGAUCCCCGACUAUGAAUAUAACUACAGUGAUGAUGAAGAUAUACAGCCUUGUAACCUGACAGGUUACCACGAGCAUGAACUGCCAAUCCAAACGUACAUCUACUCUCUGAUUUGUGCGCUCGGCCUGGUGGGAAACGUUUUGGUCCUCCUAACGUACUGCUUCUACAGGAAAGCAAAAUCCAUGACCGAUAUCUUCCUGGUUAACGUGGCGUUGGCGGAUCUCCUGUUCGUCGUCGCGCUGCCGCUGAUCAUUUACAACGAGCAGCACAGUUGGAGCAUGGGCACGUGGGCUUGUAAGUGUCUGCGAGCCGCCUACAGCAUCAACGUGUACAGCAGCACGCUCCUGCUCGCCUGCAUCAGCGGCGACCGCUACGUCGCCAUCGUCCAAGCCAGGCGAUCGGUCCGGAUUCGAUCGCAAGCUCGGGCGUACAGCCGGCUCGUCUGCUCGGUCAUAUGGCUGCUUGCGUUUAUUUUGUCUUUGCCUACGUUCAUAUAUUACCAGGUGAAAGAGAAGGAAUGCUUGAACAUCUUUGAGGAGGACGAAACCGCCAUGCUGAUGAAGAUCCUGAUUCCCAGCCUGCAGAUGGUCGUGGGGUUCUUGGUGCCGUUGAUGGUCAUGACGUUCUGCUACUCGUGCAUCAUGGCGACGCUGCUCAAAGCCAAGAACUUCCAGAAGCACAAGGCGGUCCGAGUGGUUCUGGCCGUGGUCCUUGUUUUUGUCCUUUGCCAUCUGCCUUACAACGUGACGCUCCUGGUCUACGUCAGUAAACUGUUCAGUGAGAGAAAGUGCAAGGGAGAACAGCUGACUCUGAUGACGCUGUCCAUCAGCAGGAGCGUGGCCUACCUUCACUGCUGCCUGAAUCCCAUCCUCUACGCCUUCAUUGGGGUUCGAUUCAGGAGCCACUUCCUUCAGAUCCUACAGGACUUGCGGUGCCUGGGGAAAAAGUACAUUUACUCGGGACGCUCCUCUCAGCAGACCUCUGAGCUGUACGUAUGGGCGAACAAAACCGUCGCCGGACACAAUCAUGACAACCAGUCGUCAUUUUCAAUGUGACAACGUAAAACGUCUGACAGAUCGCUGUGUGGUUGUUCUCAAGAAAGCAGAAACUAAUUUACCAAAAUGAAACUCAAGUUCUGUUAUGAAAAAUAUACUGUGUAUUUUGGUAACACUGUAGAAUAAUGUCCCAUGAGUCAAUGCAUUACCCAACAACGAGCAAUACAUUUGUUUACAUCCAAGAAGACGUGUAAUAUUCUAUGUUAAUGAUAGUUAAUAAAAACAUAACUAUUCGUUGUUGGUUCAUAUCAGCUCAGGUCCAUUAAAUAAUAUUAACAUACAACUGGUGAUUUUAAAUAAUGCAUUAGAAAAUUAACAUUAACUAAGCUUAAUCAAUUCUUUAGAAGUGUUUUGUCAUUGUUAAACAUUAUUGGAAAGUGUUACCAAACUUUCUUUUGAAAUUACUGAUAUGAAAGAUAAUAUUUUUGAAUGUAAGCUAAAUUUUGUGAUGUUUUCUUUGUCUUAUUCAGAUACUUUUGUACAGUAACUUUACUGUGGUCCGACUACUAUAACUCACGCCUGAUUUGCAAGGCAAAUGCUUUUCAGCCUUGUCAACAAUGUGGUAUUAAACCAUAUGAGUCUAGAAAUGUGUGAAGGUAAAAAUAUAUUAGGCUUGUAAAUGGCUCAAUAUAUAUAGCAAUAUUCAAAACAAGCUUUGAGAAGAAAACAAAAACAUUUAAACAUUAUUACUAAAGCCUACUGUAUCAUACUCUAUACGCAAAUCAACAUGAUCAAAACGUUGCUGAUAAACCUGUCACACACAAUCUCCUCCAGUCCUUCUGUCGUCUGAUUGAUACUUCAGACAUUUUUUUAUCAAAUAAAAGGUCUUUUAGUAUAAUUGUACAAACGUCCUCCUUCAGCUCGUGCUUCACGUGUCUUUCUGCUCUGAAAUAUAUGCUGAUAUUCAUAAAGUAAAUUUAAGAACAGCUUUCAUAUUGUUAGUAAUAUUUCAAGUUGAAAUACUGGACUGAUUCAAUUUCAGUUUGAUUAUCCAGACAUCAUAUAUAUGUGAUUAUCAAAUAUGAUCAUCAUCUUUUGAGGAAGGUGUAUUUGUUCAUCUCUCAAUCAUCAUUGCAUUGCAUUGCAUUAUAUGUUUUAAAACUACAGAGAUUUGAUCAUAAUCUAAAUAUCAUCUUACUAAGACAUAUUGGCAGAUAUUGAUAUUUAUAUGCAUUUUAUGUCAGUAUCUGCUAUGCUGUUAUAAAGAUCUGAUUGAUUUACAAGAAUCAGAAUUUCAUCUUACUUUUUGUCCAUAUAAAUAUCAGCAUAUGUGCCGAAUUUAAUAUUUCUGCUCAGUUUGUGCCUCUGAAUAAAAUUAAAACCCUCUAUGGUAUGGUGUUUCCUCCAAGCAUCAUGGUCUAUUUUAGUUUGUCCUUAAUAAAAUAAGGCACCAUUUGAUUGAUCAACAUAUCUCAGGACAGAAUAACUCAAAUAAUCAAUAAAAGUGCAAAAAAAGACCAAAACAUGACCAAAGGAGGUCCAUUUUGUGUCCUGUUUCAGCACAUGGGCACGUCACAUGACUCCAUAUUUUUGCAAAUGAAAAGUGCUUUUUUCACGUGUUUGUAUCCAUUUAAUCACCCACAGAAAAAUACAAGUCACCUUCACUGGCAAGUAAAGAAGUAUUUUCAAGAACUUUACAUUAUAUAUCAUCAAAUGUGUGUGUUAUAUAUCACAAAAACUGUGUCUCGCCUCAAGGCAACAUUGUAUCUUAAUGGAAUCACAUAAGGCCAUACAGGCAUAACAGGUUUGAAUACAAAUGUAUUAUAUUUGUAUUCAAUAUAUGUUUGCAUUUUCACAUGAAUUUGUAAUGCACUUAUAAGAAUAGUAAUUCACAUACUAUAUCUGCAUAUAUUAUGAUCUGCACAUUUUCUAAAGCACUUCAUAAAGCUAUAAAACACAGGUAGCACUGGCAGCUGAUGAGGGUGAUGAUGAGGAGUCACACUGUGAUGAGGAAGAUGAAAUCAUAGUGACAGUCCAUCAGGGAGAGGGAAGAUGGAGAUAAGGAUGAAGAUGAAUAUGAUAACUUGAUAUAAUAACAUAAAGAUAUGACGGUUUGGUAAUAUUUGUGUUCCACUAUGAUACAAUGUUGCCUGAGAGUAACAGCUGGAUAUAAAGUGUUACUUUUUAUUAAAUAUGAAACUUUUAAUACAUUAAAAACUGGAUAAAUUUGUUUGUUCAAGU